UGGGGACCUUUAGAGGCAUCUGCUGUCAAUUCGUAAGCAGCCGGCAAUAUUUUUGUUUGUUUCUCUGUUCAUCUUGCCUAACAGAAACUCUCCCUUCUCCGUAGUAUGGCAGCGGUGGACAGUUUUCAACUACUGUACUGGCAGGUUGCCAGGACGUGCAAUGUCUACGCUGAUGCAUUAGCUGUUCUGGGAGCCUGGUACGUGACAAAGAAAAGUAUCCGCUUUGUCUGUGAUCUCUACAGCAUGGUCAGACUCCAUUUCAUCCCGAGAUUGGUGGGCAGGAGAUACCUGCUCAAACACUAUGGCAAGUGGGCCAUGGUAACUGGUGCAGCAGAUGGGAUUGGUAAAGCCUAUGCUGAGGAAUUGGCUAGGCAAGGAGUUGACCUGAUUCUCGUUGGCCUUGAUCAAAACAAGCUGGAAGCCCUGGCCACAGCCAUUACAGAAAGGUUUAAUGUUGAAACCUAUGUCUUAGAAGCUGAUUUUACUAAAGGGCGGGGAAUUUACCCCCCAAUUCAAGAAGCUCUGAAGAAUAAGGAAAUCGGUAUUCUGGUGAAUAGUGUGGAUGUGCCCACUGAUUAUCCAGAGUUUUUCUUAAAUCUUUCUGAGGACAAACUCUGGGAUCUCAUAAAUGUGAAUAUUGCUGCAACCAACAUGAUGAUUCACAUUGUGCUACCAGGAAUGGUACAAAGGAAGAAAGGAGCGAUUGUUAAUAUUUCUUCAGGGUAUUGCUGUAAGCCAACACCACAGAUGGCUGCAUACUCAAGUACUAAGAUGUAUUUGGACUAUUUUAGCAGAGCUUUGCACCGUGAAUAUGCACCCAAAGGAAUCUUUGUUCAGAGUUUAUUGCCAUUUUCUAUAACAACUAAAGGAGAUGGGCACAGCGAGGGUCUGCAUUUCUUCUCCUGGCUAGCACCGUCACCUAAUCUUUAUGUACGUCAUGCAGUUUCGACCCUCGGAAUAUCCAACAGGACACCAGGUUACUGGAUGCAUUCAGUCCAGUUUUUAUUUGCCCAGUACAUACCAGAAUGGCUGUGGAUUUGGGGAACUACUCGAUGAACAAUAGAUCGUUUAAAUGUGCAACACACAAGCAGUAAACCAAGGACACGCUGGCUCUCAGAAAACUAUCUUGAUUUACAGUGCCACUCACAGCCCAGGAGUUUGUUUAUACAUGAAACAGUUGUUUAUCGUUACUGUAAGAUAUCUGUUAAAAUUUUGCUCCAUUUUGAAAUUUGAAGUGACAAACAACAUAUCACUUUUACACCUUCAAGAGCUUCAGAAUUAAAAUAUUACUUGUAUUAUAACAGUAUCAUCAUUACGAUAAUUUGUCAGCUGCUGCCAAGCUAACAGAUGCCAUGUAAAUUAAUUGCCUCAUCAGGUUAAUUCAGCAAAUGGGUAAACUAUACUGGUUAAUAUCCUAAAUUCAAAAUAAUAUACUUAGGCAUAGUAAUCCUCCAAAUUCUGACUACUCCCUGCUAGAAAUAAAAGUUCUACAAGGAAAAAUUGCAAUGACGAACCUUUGGUGGGCAGAGUUGGGGUAAUAAUGGGGUGAUAACAGCCAUUAACAAGGUAUUUUCACCCGCAGAACUGCCACUUGCUGGAUUUUUUUUUGUUUUUCACGCUAUUCUUUGUAAACUCUAAACCCUGGGGUUCCCGACCUUUUUUAUGCUAUGGGCACCCACUGAUGAGUCUGUGGACCCCAGUGUAGGAACCCCUGCGAGAUACGGUUGUGCAUGAAAUCCAAAGAGGUCAGCAUCCUAUGAGAUACUCAAACCACUCCAUCCAGCAGCAACAAUCAUUUCAUGGUCCAAGGCAUUUGGAUCACAUUUAACAUAGAACAGUACAGGCCUUUCGGCCCACAAUGUUGUGCCAACCCUUAAACCCUGCCUCCCAUAUGACCCCCCCACCUUAAUUUCCUCCAUAUACCUGUCUAGUGGUCUCUUAAAUUUCACUAACACAAAAUAAUCUGCAGAUGCUGGGGUCAAAGCAACACUCGCAACAAGCUGGAGGAACUCAGCAGGUCGGGCAGCAUCCGUGGAAAAGAUCAGUCGACGUUCCAGCCUGAAACGUCGACUGAUCUUUUCCACGGAUGCUGCCCGACCUGCUGAGUUCUUAAACUUCACUAGUGUAUCUGCCUCCACCACUGACUCAGGCAGUGCAUUCCACGCACCAACUACUCUUUGAGUAAAAAACCUUCCUCUAAUAUCCCCCUUGAACUUCCCACCCCUUACCUUAAAGCCAUGUCCUCUUAUAUUGAGCAGUGGUGCCCCGAGGAAGAGGCAGUGGCUGUCCAGCCUUUCUAUUCCUCUUAAUAUCUUGUAUACCUCUAUCAUGUCUCCUCUCAUCCUCCUCCUCUCCAGAGAGUAAAGCCCUAGCUUCCUUAAUUUCUUCCCCAUUCUGAUGUUUGGACUGAAGGACAACUGAUUUUCUUAAUCGUAUCUGCAUGGUUUUAUGCAUUGAAUUGCUGCCCCAUGAUUGACUGAUUAGAUACUUGAAUUAACGAGCAAUUAUAACUAAUGCAGUGGCCACUGAGUGUGUAACUAUUGAGAAAAUACCAGACUUUCAAACAUUUCUAGAUUUUAAACCAGUUGCUUGAAAAUGUCAAAAUUUACAAAUUCAUGUGUCCACCUAUGUUGCUUGUGAAGAAAUACAAUUUCAAGAACUCUGUAAAAUUUAUAUAUUUCAGAAUUGCCUAUUGAGUAUCCUCUAAGUAUGCUUAAAUAUUUGCCAUAAUUAUGUUUUCAUAAGGAAUGGAAUAUCUCAAGACUUUAGUUAUUGGAACAUAAAGUGGCUGAAGACUUCUCAUUUUACAUUGACUGUUUCUUGGCAUUGAAUAUAUUUUAUGUAUUUAAAAUAUUUUAUAUUUAAUGUAUUUUACCAUUUUUGCCAGUCAACCUAAUUGUCAUUUUGGAAAAGCUUUGUUUAUGUACCACUGAAUGAUGUUUGCAAACUGAUAUUGUCUUACUUUUGGCUGGGUUCGCAUACGUUAUUAAUAUCACAUUGGGCAAUAGUGAGCAUUUUAAAAAGUUUAAAUUGUUUUAGUUAAUAUUGGCUGCCUUGAAUGAGGAACUUUUCAGUUCGUUUAUGAGAUCUUUCCAGUAGAGUGAUUCUUCUUUUAAUAACUUUUCACAAUGUAGCUAAAUGUCUGUGUCUCUUCAAAUCAUACAAAAUAGGUAACUUGAUGAUGCCUAUUAUAACCAUAAUUUAUUUUAUUGUAAGCUGUGUGCAAUUUUUAAAGUUGAAUUACUGAUUGGAAAAUGCAACAUUAUUUGACUAUCUGUGGUAUUAAAAAUUUACUGUGGUACAAUAUUUGUAGCAAAGAAUAUUCCA